CCCCACUCACUGUCUUCACUUUUCCCCACUGCACUGAAAUGAAAGAACAGAUAUUUUUAGCGCCAGGAGCUGAACCAGAGCUCAAAGGCAAGCAAGCAAGAACCUGACAAUCACCCUCUCGGGCAGAGCAGAGAGGCCCUUUUUGUCCUUUCAAUCUGUCGGAAGGAAAGAUGGGUUCUGUCGCGAAGAAGGGAUUGCAGCAGUACUUGCUGCAGCUGCAGCAACAUCCCCUGAGGACCAAGGCAAUUACUGCUGGGGUGUUGUCUGCGGUGAGUGAUGUCACUGCUCAGAAGCUCUCCGGCAUUCAGAAGCUGCAACUGAAGCGGCUCGCUCUCAAAGUGCUCCUCGGCUUUGCUUAUCUGGGUCCAUUUGGGCAUUACCUGCACGUAAUUCUCGAAAAGAUCUUCAAGGGGAAGAAGGACUCGAAAACAGUGGCCAAGAAGGUGGUGCUGGAGCAGCUGACUUCUUCUCCUUGGAACAACUUGCUCUUCAUGAUCUACUAUGGAUUAGUCGUUGAGGGAAGGCCAUGGGUUCACGUGAAGUCGAAAAUCAAGAAGGAUUAUCCUUCUGUGCAGUUCACAUCUUGGACGUUUUGGCCUGUCAUCGGAUGGGUAAACCACCAAUACAUCCCGUUGCAGUUGCGGGUUGUCUUCCACAGCGUAAUUGCCUGUUGCUGGGGAAUAUUUCUGAAUCUGCGGGCAAGGUCCAUGGCCCUGGCAAAAAGCUAAGGCACACGAGAGAAGUUAGCACAGUGAAGUUCAUUUAUUUCGAUCGUAGCGGUUCUUGGUGUUUCUUGCUGCAUUAUUACAAACUGAAAGAAAUCCGCUACCAGUUUUCUUGGUUGUCGGAACUCUGAUGCAUUAUACUGGCUCCUAUUUCGGGUUCAGUUAGAACCCGACAGUUAUUGAUUGCUGUAGGUCAUGUUGUAUCUCUAUUGAUAUCAAUUCAAUAACAAAUCUCAUGCACUUCUAUCAUUCA